AUGGCAACAGCUAAGGAACAAGAAAUAUGUGUUCGUUGUAAUCCAAAAGAUGAUGAACUAGGUCUUUGUCAAAAGUGUUUCAAUGAAGAAAAAGAACAACAAUUUUAUGAAAAACUUGGUCCAAAUCAAGGAGUACUUGUUCAAGUGUUACGACAACAUAAAUGCAAGGCAUGUGACAAAGUAUUACGAUCAACGCACUAUGGAGUUUUUAAUCGUGAUGGUGUAACAUAUUGUAUUGAUUGUUUAUCAGUUACAACGGAUCCGUUGGUACAAGAAGUUUUAAUUUAUCGAAAAAACUUCGACAAAUUCAAGUUGAAAAAUAUAGUUCAAAAAGAAAAAAUAAUCGGAAAUAACCCAAAAAUUAGUAUUACAAGACACUAUUGA